AUGUCUGAUAUCCAAAGUCGUUUUAAAGCUGCUGCCUCUAGUUUAUUAAAGCAGCAUAAAAAAUUAACAAUCUCCCAUUAUAAUAGACAAGUUACUAUAAAUGACACGACUAGAUUUCAACAAUUAAUCCAACAAAACAAUUUUGCAAGAGAAUUAUUUGGUUUAAGUAAUAGAUUAUGCACUGUUUAUGAAAAUUCUAAUUGGCAUUCUAUUGUUUUAGAGGUUUUGGAUCUAGAAGUGAUAUAUUCAAAUGUAGAUUCCGAGGUGGCUAAAAUAGGGGAUAAGGACGACAAAGACGAGCAAUAUUCUGAUAUUUUGGUGAAGGAAUUACUGAGAUAUUUUAAACAAGAUUUUUUCAAAUGGUUAGACAAGCCUGAUUGUCCAAAAUGUGGUCAAGGCUCUAAUCAAAAUAUGUCUUCUAAUGGCGUUCAAAGACCUAACCAGGAGGAAGCUCAACACCAAUGUGGUGCAGUUGAAAUUUAUAGAUGCAAUAAUUGUGGUACAGAAUCAAGAUUCCCUCGUUAUAAUGACCCUAUCAAAUUACUGGAAACAAGGGUAGGACGUUGUGGUGAAUGGUGUAAUUUGUUUACCUUAAUUUUGAAAUCAUUUGGAUUAGAAGCAAGAUAUAUAUGGAAUCGAGAAGAUCACGUAUGGUGUGAAUAUUAUUCCAACUAUUUGAAGAGAUGGGUUCACUUAGACUCCUGUGAACAAUCAUUUGAUCAACCUUAUAUAUACUCUAAGAAUUGGAAUAAAAAGAUGAGUUAUUGCAUUGCAUUCUCCAGAUACGGUGUUCAAGAUGUUAGUAAACGUUAUAUUUUACAAAAUCAACUACCGAGGGAUACCAUUAGUGAAGAUAGUUUAUUAUUCUUCUGUAAUUUUAUUACUAAAAAGUUAAGAAUAUCUUUAUCCAAUGAUGAAUUGUAUCAGCUUUUAUGUAGAGAUGAAGCUGAACGAUUAUCAUGGGUCACACAGACAAAAAACCUAACUUCUGAUAAAACUAGUGAGGAAGCUUUCAAGGGAAGAUCUAGUGGCUCUAAAGAAUGGAAAAAGGAAAGAGGAGAAGACGGUAGUUAA